GCCUCCUCCACGGCCGCCGCCGCGGGGCCCUAAAGCCGCCCGGCUCAAGAGGAUGGUGCGGCUGGCGGCCGAGCUGCUGCUGCUGCUGGGGCUCCUCCUGCUCACCUUGCACAUCACCGUGCUGCGCGGCGGCGGCGGCGAGCCGCAGGCCGGCAACCACAGCCAGCGGCAGAACACACUCACUGCAGAUGGCCCUUCUCAUGAAGACAGCUUCACCCUGAAUCCCGAGGACAGAAGAGAGUACCCUGACCUCCAGGCUGCCCACCGGCCAUUCCCUAAGCAGCGAUUCCGGCAGGAAAACGGACACACGUCCCUGCAAAGAGAUGGACCCAGGUCCUUUCUCCUGGAUCUCCCAAACUUCCCUGACCUGUCAAAAGCAGAUAUCAAUGGGCAGAAUCCCAACAUUCAGGUUACCAUUGAAGUGGUAGAUGGCGCCGACACCGAGACGGACAAGGAUCUGCAGAAAGAAAGCAGCAAGCCUAGCUGGCCAGUCCCAUCACCUGACUGGAGAAACUGGUGGCAGAGGUCCUCCACCUUGACUCGCAUGAGCAGUGGUGACCAGGACUACAAAUAUGACAGCGCUACUGAGGACAGCAACUUCCUAAACCCUCUCGGUGGGUGGGAUAGCCAUGCACCCAGUCACCGGACAUUUGAGUCCAAGGAGCAGCCAGAGUAUGAUUAUAUUGAUGGUGAGGGAGAAUGGAGCCCAUGGUCCCUUUGUAGUGUCACCUGUGGAAGCGGCAACCAGAAGCGGACAAGGUCCUGUGGGUAUGCCUGCACUGCCACCGAGUCACGGACCUGCGACAGGCCCAACUGCCCAGGGAUUGAAGAUACCUUCCGGACAGCUGCCACAGAAGUCAGCUUACUUGCAGGAAGCGAAGACUUCAACGCUACCAAACUGUUUGAAGUUGAUACAGAUAGCUGUGAAAGAUGGAUGAGCUGCAAAAGUGAGUUCUUGAAGAAAUAUAUGCACAAAGUGGUCAAUGAUCUUCCCAGCUGCCCCUGCUCUUACCCCAGGGAAGUUGCAUACAGCACUGCUGAAAUCUAUGAUCGAGGUAAGAGGAAAAACUUUCGCUGGAAAGAUGCAAGCGGUCCAAAGGAAAAACUGGAGAUAUAUAAGCCCACUGCACGCUACUGCAUCCGCUCCAUGCUCUCUCUAGAAAGCACAACGCUUGCAGCACAGCACUGCUGCUAUGAUGAUAAUAUGCAGCUGAUCACCAGAGGGAAAGGGGCAGGUACACCAAACCUUAUCAGCAUUGAAUUCUCAGCAGAGCUCCAUUACAAAGUGGACAUUCUGCCUUGGAUUAUAUGCAAAGGUGACUGGAGCCGGUACAAUGAAGCACGGCCCCCAAACAAUGGGCAGAAGUGUACAGAAAACCCUUCAGACGAAGACUACUACAAGCAAUUUCAAGAAGCAAGGGAAUACUGAUUUUCUUCCUCUUCAGACACAAAAUAGCAUUCAUUUCCUGGAUGCCAAAGAACUAAUAACGGCUGCUGCACAGCCUCCUUGAUGGGGGUUGCUCAGUUUCUUUCUAAUGAAUGUACAUAGCUGUAAUAUAAUAGAUAAGUAUUUUUCAUAGUGUGUGUAAUUUAUAAACAUGUAUCUCUCUCUCACACACACCUGUUUUUACAUAAAACCUGUCCUGGUAGGAUUUUAUACUGCAGUAACAUUCAUUUAAUAAUGCACAUUUAAUUUUAAUCCCCAGCUGUAACCCAAGCGUGAGGUGGGGCAGGGAAGCUGGGCAGCUGCCAUCACCAUCAGUUAGGCCCCCAUGGCCCCAGCUGAGGAGGGAAUAUAUGUAACAGUAGUUCUAAAUAAUCAGGCUGGGGACUUUUCCAUAUGGGAAUGGUUUACAGGAUUAAUGCACCGACAGCGUCAGUUUCCUCUGUACUUGAUUCUAUGACUAGGCAUAUCUAUGAAAGGAAGACUUACUUUUUUAAAGAGCAAUACUCACAAAUGAAUAUAUAGACAGCAUUUUUUUUCUUGGAAUUCUUCCAGUUACCUUCUAGCUCAGGUCUUUGCAGUCCACCUGGGGUAGGCUCACAGGGAGAUGUAAGCUGUGAUUUACCUAUGGAGCAGAAAAAAAAUCCCAAUGUAGUGGUUCUGCAAGAGGUAUACACACACCACUCCUGGAAACAUUUUAGGUACAGAACUACAGCUGCCAGGACUUACAAAUUGUUCUAGGGACUUGGGCUCAUGUCUUGAGUCACAGGGCAGCUACCUGUGAACUAAGUUUGCCAUAAGGCUUUGGAGGAAGGAAUCCAGAGAAGGAAACCAUAUUGAAGAGGAGAAAAAAUAAAAUUACUUCAUUUACUUCCCAGUUUGUAAGAUGAGGGGCAUUUAGAUCUACUUGCUUCUACCUUUUAAGAAAGAAGUUUAUUUUUUAAAAGAGCAGGCAAAGUGGAACACAUGUUUUUAAGUUCCUUGAGCUAAAGCAUACCACCAGCCUCUUACCCAUUUACAUAUACUGAGUGCACAAUGUCCUACAGAAGAAGUUAAUUCCUUGAGGAAGCUGUCUGGAAGGAGCUAUUGGUGAGUUAAAAUGUCCUUUUUUUUUUUUUAAAGCUAGCAUUAUUUUUGUAAAGUAUUUAUUGAAUUGUAACAAGAAAACACAUGUGGGGUAUGUGUCUAACAUGAAAGGCUUCUCUAGACAGAACUUGACUGCCAGGAGUAAGACUGGGUUUAGGCAAAAGUUUUACUUCCCAAUUUUUAUGCAAUGCAAGUUCACGUACAUCAUCCUGUAAUUCAGCAGCAGAUACUUCCACUCUCGUGAAAGAAAAUCACAACACCGUGGGCAAAUAAAAGCAGUUCCAUCCUUUGAAAGGCUGUCUUGCUGCAAGUCAGUGUCUUCACUUGGAAAGCUAGGCGCUAAAUCAUCCUGCAGCAAUGCCUGUUUUGGGGUUACAUGGUGUGAUGCACAGGUGCGCACUGUGUGUGAAAUCUUGCCUAGCAGUGAAGCCAGUCUUGCAUCUCAGUCAGCCUUAGCUGAAAGAUUCAAGACAGCUAUGAGGAACAAAUUCCUCCUGCUCUGUAUGUGCACACAGACUUACUGUAAAUCUUUUCUCCAGCUCUGCUGGCCUUUCAGGUGCUGGUUGCUUGUGCUUGUGGUGGGUAGUACCCUCAGCAUUAACAGAUACAUAGUAAGUCUGCUGUCUUUGGGAACUGUUUGGCUCAUGCUGGUCUGCCCAGAUGGUGCAGAUUAGAGCACUGUGAAGCAGCCUGGGCCUUGGACUCCCACCCUGAGCAAAGUUGUGGUGCAUAAGCUGCAAAGGCUCUCUGACUCUGCCAGAUCUACCAUAACAGACUGCAGAACAUGGUGACACAACAUCGUUAGUUAGGCAAGAGGAGAUCACCCCUUGAUUUUUAUAGAAACCAGGUUUUGCAAGUUCUUGCAAAGUCCUAGGGAGCCACCAGCAAGCAGAGCUGGUUAAAUUGACAGCAGCUGGAAGAAAGGCGUAAGCAGCUCCAGGACCAGUCAGGUAGCAGGGCAGACAGGUAUUUUCUGCCACACUGAGGGGAAGGCUAUGCUUUUUGCUUCACUUGGCAGUGAUAGGGUAACGACAGCCCCAGAUUUCCCUGGGACAGCGAUAAGAGUGCUGUCACAGUUCCUGAAAUGUAGCAUACAUCUCUGCAGUCCACAGAUUAAUAAGUUAUUGUCUUGUCAAGAAAUGCUACUACACCAUUAAUAGGGAAUAUAACAAAUAAAGUGUCAGGGAAGAGGAAAAAAUAUUCUAAUAAAUGAAAUGACGCACCAAA